AUGACCAGCCACGGCGCCGAUUGCGCUCCGGCAGAUUUUCUCUUCGUCGACUACCAGGACGACAACCCGCAGAACCGGUCGAUUGACAAGGAGAAGCGCGUGUUUGCGCAAAAGACGCACCAGCGCAAGAAGAGGCUUGCGGCAGUCCAGAGGCUCAAGACGUCGACCCAUGUCUUUCGGCAGCGGCUUCCCUUUGCCUACAAGCCUGUCGCUGAUACUGCCAGUGGAGAGAGCAGUGAGGCGAACCAUAGCAGUGAUGAUGGUUCCGAGCAAGGAUCCGCUGCGGACGCUGUAGUUUCUAGGAAUCUGGAGGCGCUCAAAUGGGCCCGAAUCAAGAAACUCAUGUCGCCCAAGUCACAGCUCGGCCAGGGGUUCAUCGACCCCUUUUCCACGACCGCGGUGCCAAUGAGCGACUUUAUGAAUUCGUUUUUCCAGCACCUCCGGAAUUUCACCAUCCACCGCGCCUAUCCCCUUGAUACCCCGCGCAUGACCGUCUGGUGGUGGCAAAAGGCGCUCUCUCAGCCGGCCAUCCAGCUGGCGUUGCUGGUCUCAGCGGCGAGCCACCAGACGGCCAUGAACACGAUCCACAAUGCACCCUCGAAGCACCUGCAGCGGUCCAUCGGCGAAAUGCUACGCUUACGCGGAGAUACGAUCACGACUGUGAAUAACCUGCUCCAGAUGCCGGGCGCCGUGACCGAGUCUACGAUCUUGAUUGUGGCGGCACUUAGAGCAAUAGAGGCAAUCGGCGGCAAUCUCGAAGGCGCCACGGCACACACAAAGGGUCUCGAUGCGCUCGUCCAGCUCUACGGUGGACUCGACGCUCUAGACCACAUGACCCUAUCCAAAGUUUACCACGCGGACAUCAUGUACGCAGCCCUAACAGACACCAUCCCAAGCAUCCCCCUCACGCCAACAUGGCGGAGCGAGAUCAUCCAAGAGGCCAAAGUCCUCCACUCGAGCUUCGACCUCCUGUCGCAUCUCCACGAUAAACCCGACAUCGCCGCGCAGCUAUCGAUCCUGGGCACAUCGUUCUUCCAAGCGCCCUGGUAUCCGGGGCUGGAGGAGAGCAUGAAGACGUACCUGCACGCAUCCCAGCGGUCAAUCCGGUACUAUGAAGUCGCGACCCGGCGCUGGUCCAUUGUCAUGCCGACGGAUAACGACCUCUUCGUCCUCCUCGAGCACCAGCUCGCGUCCACUCGAUAUCCCGCAGUCCACAGCGACGCACCACCGCACCCCGGGGAACCCGCAUCCGCCUCAUAUCUCCUCAACGAACCCCUCCGCAUCGCGCUCUUCGCCUACCUAAACACGCGCAUCUGGCACUUCCAGGCUUUCCCCAUCACGCAAUAUAUCGUCAACGCCUUACAGCGGAGUCUGCGCUGUAGGCCCACGCCAACGAGUCCAGCCGCCCCCGCGUCGACCGUCCUCGACCACAUAAAAACAAUAGCCCCCGACCUGCUCUUCUGGAUCCUGUUUAUCGGCGGCAUGGCGGCCGAAGGACAUGAUGGGUAUUCCUGGUUCGUCGAUCGAGUCGCGGAGCUCGCGCGGUAUCUGGGGCUGCGGGAUUGGGUCGAUGCGCGCGAGGUUCUGUGCGGGUUCUUCUAUGCGGAUCAGCCGGGGGAGCCUGCGGGUGAGGAGCUGUGGAGGUUGGUUUUGACACAGGGGCACACGGGGGGUGAGAGUGGGGUGUCUGCGGUUGUUACGAGGAUGUCUGGCGAGGGUGUGGGUGAGUGUGAGGGUGAGGGUGACGGUGAGGUUGCGUCGGGGACGCAGGCACAGCAGACUAGAUUUCUCUACAAGUACUGA